CCCCCAGCACACCAGUCUUGAUUCCCAAGCCCCUGGACAUGCAACAACCCCUGUACUCUCUUUCUCUCCCUCCUGCCUCGAAUCGACGGCCGCAGAUGGCGUAUCCCUUCAUCCGACGCUCCACAUCGCACCUCACCUUAAAUUCCCCAAUAUUUUUCCCCAUUUGCCGUUAACGUAGGGUUCCCUUUCGAUAAAACACCCGCACCGAACUCCCUCCCCCAUUUUUUUGCCUUUUCCCUACGCGCCGAUAGAGAGAUUCUUCUCCAUUUUUCCUUGUCAAUUUUCUCGGGAAAGAAGAAAGAGCACAGCUUAAUCAUGGCGAAAGGCCCCGGUCUCUACUCCGACAUCGGCAAGAGAGCCAGAGAUCUUCUCUACAAGGAUUAUCAGAGCGACCACAAGUUCACCAUCACUACCUACACUUCCACCGGAGUUGCCAUCACUUCUACGGGAAUCAAGAAAGGAGAGUUUUUUUUGGCUGAUGUGAGCACUCAACUGAAGAACAAGAACAUCACCACUGAUGUGAAAGUGGACACCAACUCCAAUCUGCUUACUACCAUUACUGUUGAUGAACCUGCUCCUGGGCUCAAGACAAUAUUUAGCUUUAUUGUUCCUGACCAGAGAUCUGGGAAGGUGGAACUUCAAUACCAGCAUGAGUAUGCUGGGAUAAGCACAAGUAUAGGGUUGACUGCAAAUCCCAUUGUUAAUUUCUCUGGAGUGGUUGGAACCAACGUUCUUGCUCUUGGAACUGAUCUCUCCUUCGACACUGCCACUGGAAACUUUACUAAGUGCAAUGCUGGAUUUAGUUUCACGAAUGCUGAUCUUAUUGCAUCCUUGACUUUGAACGAUAAGGGCGAUACCCUCAGUGCUUCCUACUAUCAUACGGUCAGCCCGCUAACCAACACUGCUGUUGGGGCAGAGCUGUCUCACAGCUUUUCAAGCAACGACAACAUGCUUACCAUCGGGACUCAGCACGCACUUGACCCAUUGACCUUGGUGAAGGCUCGGGUUAACAACUAUGGCAGGGCAAGUGCUCUCAUCCAGCACGAGUGGCGCCCAAGAUCCCUGUUCACUAUCUCAGGGGAGGUCGACACGAGAGCCAUUGAGAAGAGCGCCAAAAUUGGGCUGGCCUUGGCUUUGAAGCCAUAGACUGAAGUCCGGGUUGCUCUCAUUUUAUGGGUUAAAAACACUGUUUCUGUUCUCACGGAA